AGUACAAACCUCUAGAUGAAAACCUGCUUCUAUCUCCUCGGAUCACAGCAGAUGCUUUCUCUUCCUCGACUGGUACAAAAUGAGAAUCAAAACCAAAGGGCAUUUCCGGAAAAGUCCCACAGUGUCGCCACUCGCCCACUGGCGCCCCAGCAACGCUGCCGGUAUAAACGCGGCCUCCCCUCCGGUGUCCACCAUUGCUCAGGUUGCUCCCAGCUCCCUUCCUUCCCCCUCAGGCCCUCACCGAGGUACGAGGUGCGAGAAAGAAAGCGACUUUCCUCCGAGCAUGGCGGGCGGCUGCGCCGAAGACGACGUGGUGGAGGUGAGCUGCGGCGGGGGCGGCCGCGACCCCGGCGCCUACGCGGCGGUGCUCAAGAGGAGGCUCGACCUGUACUGCGCCGCCGUCGCCAAAUCCAUGAUGAUGGAGAUGGGGCAGAUCUAGUUACAAACUCAAACAUCAUAGACUAUGAUGAUUUUCGAGGCAAGCCAGCUAACAGUGGCACAUCAAAGGAACAAUCAGAUGAUGAUGGCGAUCUUGAGGAGAAUACUGACCCUACCAAUACAAAGAAGAUGAGGAGAAUGCUUUCAAAUCGAGAAUCAGCUAGGCGAUCAAGAAAGAGGAAGCAAGAACACCUGACCGAUCUUGAAUCACAGGUUUCCAGGUUAACAUCUGAGAAUGCAUCUUUGCUAAAGCGCUUGGCUGAUAUGACUCAGAAAUACAAGGAUGCAACCCUUGACAAUAGAAAUCUUAUAGUUGAUGUUGAGACUAUGAGGAGAAAGGUGUGAGGAGUUGUAAAAUGAAACAAAAUAUUAAAAGUGCCCAUACCAUGUCGCAGUGCUCCAAGUGUGUGUCCCAUUAGACCUGCGGUGUUUCCCUUGUGGAAGGGCUGUUCUAUCUCGAGAACAUCGAUACCGCACAUGAGGAGUCCAAACAGGAUACUACCAUACAAACAUUUCAUAAUGCUUGUGUGUGAGUAUGUGCAACUCUGUAUUGUUGCAUCAUGAGUAAAGGUGUUUUUGAAUUUCAAAGUGUUCAUGUUUAAGGGCUUUAACAUAUUCAUGUAAACUAACUGCAAAAUUGUCUUAUCCUAUAUCUGUCUCAAUCAUGUUUUAUAAAACAAAAAUCUUCACGAAAAUCUAAGUAAUUAACAAAACCGCACAUGAUCAUAUAAUAAAAGAAACAUGUCUUUACAAUUUUAUAUUGCUAUCCCUUUUACAUAUACACUUAUUGUCUAUGGAACUUUAUGUUUGCUAAUAAGCAUUGUACAAAACUCCAUUGCAAUAGAUUUCUAGUUGAGUUACGAGUGAGCCACAACUGCCUUCAUAUUCCCCUACCCAAAGGCUGUAGAAAUAGACAUAAUUGGUUUCCUUCUAAUUUAUUUUGAUAGCAAAGUAUUGUUUUCAGGUGAACAUAGCAGAGGAAGCUGUCAGGAGACUAACUGGAACAACCCUCCUAUUACCCACCACAUCUGACAAGCCCGCGAGUAGCAUGCGCUUGACUUCAUGUGCAUCUGAUGCAGCUUCUGCUUCUGUCGCCAUUGAAGACAGCAUGGAACAUUUUCUCCGGGCGCCAUUUCAAGACAGUCAGACCAAGCUCGACCUCCAAAAUGCAGAAAUUCCUUUGGCCAGUGGAGAGAUAGGCACCAAGCUGGCUCCUAUGCGACGUGUCGCUAGCUUGGAGAACCUGCAGAAGAGGAUGCAUGGAGAUUCAUUACAUUCUGAGACUGCAUCAACGUUCUCAUCAGAUCCUGAAUCUUUUGCUCAUAGGUAACAUGGGUUAUAAAGAUUGCUCUCUGAUGAGCUUGCCUUUUAAUGUUCUAGCGAGCUAAGUUUUGUGUUAUGAAGCUUGCAGCACCCACAUCUGGGUGAGAUCCAUACUGCGACAUGUACACUAUCUUAAGGUUAAAGGACAUGUGUUGUGAAUCGGAGGAGUAGUAACCUCAGAUAUAUGAAUACAUCAUACUAGAUGAAAUUCUGCAAUAUAUUUACUUGCACA